GGAGGCAGCGGCAGCGCGCUGAGCCGGAGGGGCGCUCGGGGCUCCGGCCAUGGGGAUCGCCGGGCUGGCCAAGCUGAUCCAUGAGCAGGCGCCGGACGCCGUGAGCUCCGUCCAGCUGGACGACUACCGGGGGCGUGUGGUGGCGAUGGAUGUCUCUGUCGCUAUUUACCAGUUCCACACGGCUAUGCCAAAGAUCACCAACCGCCAUGGGCAAAAUAUCAGUGCCCUGCAGGGCCUCUUUUACCGGACGAUGCACCUCCUGGAGAACGGCAUCAAGCCCGUCUUCGUCUUUGAUGGGAAACCCCCGGAGCUCAAGGAGAGAGUGUUGGCGAAACGCACCACAGUCUCUGGAGCCAAGAGGAAAGCUGCAGAUCCUGCCGUGGGCGAGCCCCCGCAAUGGCUGCCGAGAAGAGACUUCGAGAGGCUGCUGGGUUACUUGGGGGUUCCCUAUGUGCAGGCGCCAGCUGAGGCAGAAGCGACCUGCGCAGCUCUGGUGAAGUCCGGGCAUGCCUGGUGCACGGCCACGGAGGACAUGGAUGCGCUGCCCUUCGGAAGCUCGCUUCUCCUGCGGCAUCUGAACUCCAAGAACAAAGACCUGGAAGAGAUCUCCUUGCCGGUGGUUCUGCAAAAGCUGGGCUUAACGCAAGAGCAGUUUGUGGACCUCUGCAUCCUGCUGGGCUGCGAUUACUGCGAAAAGAUCCGGGGCCUUGGCCCCAAGAAGGCCUUGCCGCUGCUGCAGCAACACAAGAGAAUUGAGCAGGUCCUGCACUCUGCCUGCAGUGCUCAGAAGCACCCAUGGCCUGAAAACUGGCCCUUGGAGGAGACCCGGCGGCUCUUCCUGCACCCCGAGGUGGCCCAGCCGAGUCAGGUGGUGCUAGAGUGGCGGGAGCCUGACGUGGAGGGGCUGGUGCAGUUCCUGGCGCAUGAGAAGCGCAUGGCUGAGACCCGGGUUCGGCGCCGACUGGAGAAGUGGCAGGCCGCCUGCCUGAAGAGCGCCCUGCCCCAGUCGCCUGGCCCCGUGACGAAGGGCAGCAAGAAGCAGCAGAGGAUGGUGGAGUUCUUCCAGGUCAAGAAGCGGGCGCGCAAGAUACCGAAAGCCCGGCAGGAAGAAGAUGAAGACCCAGGAACAGCCAGGAACGGCAGCGGAGACUUGAGAAAAUAGCUCCCUUUUUCUCUGGCUUGCAAGGGCCGCACUCCAGGAAGUCCAGGCUUGCUUGGCAUUUCAUUUCAUUUAUUUAACAACAUUCGUAUGCCCCUAAAUUCUCAGAUCACAAUGAUCUUCAGGAAACUGGACCCCUUCUUUCCUCUCCUCUGAGCAGGUGGCUGCCUGCCCUUUGACAUUUUCCCCUUUCCCUGACCUGGCUGUCUUUUGUACCAGACUCCUGUUCUGCUUCUUAUAAGCCUGCAGGAAGAUUCCUUGCCUCAGCCUCUUUCUCAUCUUACAGAAAUAAGCCAAUUCAGACAGAGGUGUGAUUCUGAAUUCUGGCUGCUGUCCAGUACUGUGGUUGAGACAGGCAGUCUGUUGAGGUCAGACAAGAACAGGACCCUGGACAGCUCCAGGGGGCUCUGCUGGCUGAAAUGUCCGACUGCAGGGAGCUAGCACCAGCGGAAGCCUAGCCUUACACAGGCAGCCAAGUUCUGGCGUGGGCCUUCCCCUCUUCAGCGCUGCAGAAAGAUUGGCGAGGGGUCCUCCUCUGAGCCAGAUGAGGGUGGCAAGGCUGUGCCCUCCAGCUCGAAGGGUCCCAGAUCAAGGUGAUGUUCCCCAUCCCCAAGGAAGCAGCUUGGACCAAGGGCACAGAGUUAUAGAUGUGGAAGGGACCCCCAAGGCUCAUCUAGUCCAAACCCCUGCAAUGCAAGAACCACAAGCCCAGGGUCUUUGCCAAUGGACUCUGGAUCUCCUGCCCCUUAUCUCCUAUUUUCUAAACUUACAUUUCGUUAUUUUUUUGACUUUGCUUCCAGGGUGGUUUUCCUUCAAAAAGUCAACCUCAAUUUGCCACUAUACAUACAUAUGUGUCACAGGCCUGUGCUGGGAGCAUUUGAAGGACCUAGCAGCGUCCUUGGCCUGCCAAAUCCUGAUACAAACUGGGUUUUUUUGCAAACCAGUUUACCUUCUGUUACCUGCUUGUCCUGCACAGCUGUCCCUUUCUGCACCGCCAUUCUGGCAGUUGACAAUAAACAAAUCUCUGUUCUACCCAAAUUGAAACCCAGUGGUAUUUUGCUAAUUCCUCCUGGGAAUCAAAGGUUGCGGCAUUCAGUCUCGUGGCCCACUGUGGCUCUGGGUCCAGGACCCUGGAAUAUUAUGCCUCUAGGCUGAGAUAAGUUUACAGGUGAGUUUGUGUGUUACCUGCCAUCAGGGCCAGGUGUAGACGAACAUGAGAAGAGCUUGCUGGAUCAGGCCAGCGGGGGCCCAUCUAGCCGAGCAUCCUGUGUUCACAGUGGCUAAUCAGAUGCCCCAAAGGAAUACCCACAUGCAGGAUCUAUGGACUAGUGGCCUUCGAUAGCCCUCUCCUCCUCCAUUAAUUUGCCCGAUCCUCUUUUAAAGCCAUCCAGGUUGGGGGCCAUCACUGCCUGCUCCUGUGGCAGGGAGUUCCACAGUUUAACUGGGUGCUGCUUUGGUGACAAUGUGCAGCAACAGAAUAUUUUUGUUCUUUCUGCCUGAGAGGUUCAAAUUGCAAUUUGACUCCUAUCACAUGGGGAUUAUUCAUAUUCUGCCUGUAGGAACUACUCUUUGUCUUGACAAGGGUAAGUAAACACCAGCUUCACAAAACACCCCUGUGAAUGUCAUUGGGGUCUGAAAUUUUGCCAGAGAGGUUAGAAACAGAGGGAACUGCCUUGCACUGAGUCAGACCCUGGGUCCAUCCAGCUCAUGGUGGCUGGCAGUGGCUCUCCAUGAAGACCCUCCCAGGAGGUUCUAGAUUCAGGUAGGUAGCCGUGUUGGUCUGACGCAGUAGAAAUAUAUUUUAAAAAUUAAAAAAUUGUCCAGUAGCACCUUAGAGACCAACUAAGUUUGUUCUUGGUAUGAGCUUUCUCUCUCUCUCUCUCUCUCUCUCUCUCUCUCAUCUAUCUAUCUUAUCUAUCACCUAUCUAUCAUCUCUACUACCUACCUACCUACCUACCUACCUACCUACCUACCUACCUACCGUCUGUCUGUCUGUCUAGCUUUUAUUAAAUUUUCUGUUUUACAAAUUAAAAUACUCAUUUUACAUCCUUAAGAUAUCAAUGACUUCCCUUCUUCCCUUUCCAUGGUUCAUUUUACAGUGGUACCUCGGUUUAUAAACACAAUUGGUUCCAGAAGUCUGUUCAUAAACUGAAACGUUCAUAAACUGAAGUGAACUUUCCCAUUGAAAGUAAUGGAAAGUGGAUUAAUCCGUUCCAGACGGGUCCGCGGAGUACUCAACCUGAAGCGUACUUAACCCAAAGCAUGGGUGUAAUUGGUUCCGGAAGUCUGUUCAUAAACUGAAGUGUUCAUAAACUGAAGUGAACUUUCCCAUUGAAAGUAAUGGAAAGUGAAUUAAUCCGUUCCAGAUGGGUCUGCGGCGUUCGUAAACUGAAAAUUCGUAAACCGAGGUGUUCAUAAACAGAGGGUCCACUGUACAUAUCAUAAAUCCCUGCAUAUUUUACAAAAACUAUCCCAUUAUUGCAUCCAUUAAAACUUGUUCACACUGUUGAAUUUAUCUGAAUGCUGCCAGCGUUUUCAGCUGUACAGUGUUAUUUCCAGUAUAUUCAAUAAACGUUUUCCAAUCUUCUUUAAAUGU